CUGGCAACACUUAUUCGUGGGGCGCUUGCGUAGUUGUCGCUUUCCGUUCUGCGCCCGGAGAGUCCACAUAGCUAGCUUCUUAAAAAUGGAAGGAGAUGAGGAAUAUACUGAAGCUAAUGCAGGUGCUUCAACAACUUAUCCUGUACAGUGUUCUUCCCUUCGUAAAAAUGGAUUUGUUAUGUUAAAGGGACGUCCCUGUAAAAUUAUGGAAAUGAGCACUUCAAAAACUGGAAAGCACGGUCAUGCUAAGGUACAUUUGGUAGGUUUGGAUAUUUUUACCAACAAAAAAUAUGAAGAUUUGUGUCCUUCUACUCAUAAUAUUGAUGUUCCAAAUGUAAGCCGUUGUGACUUUCAGCUAAUUGAUAUAAGUGAUGAUGGUUUUGCAACUUUAAUGAAUGACAAAGGAGAUACUCGUGAUGAUUUAAGAAUUCCUGAAGGCGAUCUUGGACAAAAAAUCAGAGAGGAGUUUGGUAAAGAGGAUAAUACUGUUAUUGUAACAGUUCUGGCAGCUGUGGGAGAAGAAGCCAUUAUUACGUGCAAAAAUGCCAAUUAACACCAGCAUUAAAUGUAAUAUUUGGAUAGGGGAGCAUCAAUCUCCAGCCAUUGUGCUGUCAUUUGUUUAUCUUGCUCAUCAUUUGCAAACAGAUUUGGGUGCUUCACUUGUUAAGAGCGUACAUUAUUAAAAAAUAAUAAUAAUAAAAAACCUAUUUUACUGACAAAACACAUCAGCUGAGUGCAAGUUUCAGGAUGUGCAAUGUUAAGAUGCUCCUCUUCCCUCUCCCACAAUUAAUUGCCUGAUGGAAGCUUUAACUUGUUUUGCUUUCAAAUAUUAAAAAAAAAAUAUAAAGAGUAAUAAGUAAAAAAUUUGUGAUUGCAAUAGUUGCAAAAAAAAUUUAAAACUGAGUUUCAAAUUCAGCUAAUUAAAAUUAUAUAAAUCAGAAUUAAUUCGGUGUUAAUAUACAUUUAGUUUUAGUGCAAGAGAUAGCACCUAAACAAUUAUAAAAAAAAAAGAAGUUGGCAUUAUCACUGUAAUGUUUGAUAAUUUUUGAUUUGUUUAUUAAUUUGAUUUUUCUUUUUACCAAUUUGCAGACAAAUUUGGUAAUCAUUACUUCCACUUAGAAACACAUUCCAUUAAAUAAAACAAAAAAAAAAUUGUCAAAAUUUAAGAAAGAUAAAAUAAUGAAAAAUUGAAUAACUUGCACAGGCUGUUCCUUAAAAAUAAUAACCAAAUUGAAAAAUAUAUUUAAAUAGUGACAGAGUAGAAUUGGAUUUAUAUCAUCUAUCUGCAUCUAUCUAUAUUUCACAGUUCAAUAAUUCAAACACUAUGUAAUUAAUAUUUUAAUGCAUUUGAAUAUUAAUUAAUACAGGUUUAAGGAACAACCUGCUCUAUAAAUUUGAAUGCUUGUUUUAGACGUUUAGGGUUCUCUUUCUUCAUUAUAUACAUUUCAUUCAUAAAGAGGUUUCUGUUAGAAUAUGUUUCAAAAACUUUGUUGCGAUGUGCCAAUAUAAAAUGAUUUGAAUAAAUUUUGAAGAAGUCUCCAAACAGAUCUUUUCCCACACGGCAAGAAAUACAAAUAUCAGCCCUUCAGUUGUUUUCGAUAGUAUUGCUAUCACAAUUGCACCUCUGUGGUGUCUCGUGAACAGUAAAAAGUUAAUGUCGGUGAUCUAAAGAUAAUAAAUAAGGGUUUUCUUAAACCUGGUAAACAGUUUGAAUGUUCUCAUCCAAUUAAACUGCUUUGUAACAUCCGAAUAAUAGAUAUUCUGUAUAUGGGAUAGACUAUAUCUGGAACUUCUACUGUGAUGUUGUAUGUCAGCAAUGCUGCAGACCAGAAACACCAGGUGAUAUACACUGUGGAGCUAAGGGUGGGUUGUAUUGAAGUUCUUACUUUGUCAAGUUUCUAUGAUUAAAGGUUUGAAAGUCCAAGUGAAUUUCUUUAUUUUACUUUGAAAAAAACUUUAUAAGGUUUCUUUUAUAUUAAAAUUUUUUACAUUUUUUACUGUUUAUGAAUUUCAUAACAAGGUAGUUACAGGUAUUGUAUUUUAAAAUUUUUAAAUUUCUAGUUAGAAAUGGCAAAAAAGUUUUAUCUGUUCCGAUCAUAAGUAAGACAACAAAGUGAUGGAAAAAAAUAAUAGUAAAUCAUUUCUUAGUUUAUGGUUAAUAGAUUUUUACAGAUUAAUAUUUUUAACUUGUCUUUAAAGUUUUGGGGAUAGGAAUAUUACACGUGCACCCAAAUAAAUUAUUCUAUUGACUUGAAAAAAUAAAAAAUUAAUAGAAUGAGAUUGACUAUUUAAAUUCUUAUCAUUACCAUAUCAAGGAUUGAGUGGAUAAGUUAAGAAUUUUUUGCUAAAAAAAUAUUAUUAUUGAUGUUUAAGAUAUAGAAGUGUUUUUGUAUUAUAACAUGAGCAAUUAUUGAAAGAAUAACGACUUCAAAAUAGUAUUUUUGAAGUGGUCGUUCUAAGUUAAUUAUUGGUAAUUGAAUUUCAGGUAAAUUACUAUAGAAAGGUUUGUGUUUAAAUAUUAAUAGAAUAUUUAAAUUACAUUAGUAAUACAUGGAAAAUAUUUUUUCUACUGUUAAAAUAUAGGAAUGAGUACAGAAUCUAUCAAAUACAAUAAAUGCCAAAUUAAUUGGGUAAAAAAAUUUAUGUAUUAUUUAUUUAUUUUCUGCUAAAUUAUGAGAAAAUCCAUAGCAACGGCAGACUCGAGAAUGAAAAGACGUUCAUUCGCAUCUGUUAAUCUCAUGGAUCCAACAAGCAUAAAAAUAGUUUAAUCAAAUUUAUUCAGAAAUACAAUAUUAUAUUGAAUAAGAUUAAGUGAAAGCUUUCUCUAUCGUUGACAAAAGUAUAUAUUUUAUAGAAGAAAGCAAAUAACAUUUUAUAUAUAAUGAAUUAAUUUUGUGGAUGUAUGUAAAAUAUUAUGUUUAUAUUUCAAUCAUGUAUACAUUGUGUUUAAAUUCUUAUUUUGGUAAAAAAAAAAAGAAAAAAAAACAUUCAGACAAUUCAAUGUGAGUAUACCUGCAGAUAUGUUUGAAUAUAAGAACGAAAAAAAAAACUCAUUAAAAUAAAUUCUUAAAACCUGGA